AUGUCUCUUUCUAUGAAAGAUGUAGAUCCAGCCUUUCAAGGCGCCGGACAAAAAGCCGGAAUUGAGGUAUGGCGCAUCGAGAAUUCUAAGCCGGUGGCUGUCGCAGAGUCUUCUUAUGGUAAAUUUUAUACAGGGGAAUCCUAUAUUAUUUUGAAGAGUAACGCUACAAAAAAUGGUGCCUUCCGCUAUGACAUCCACUAUUGGCUAGGUAAAGAUACAAAUCAGGAUGAAGCUAGGACAGCAGCCAUUAAGACACUUGAACUUGAUGGAGCUCUUGGAGGACGAUCUGUUCAGUAUCGUGAAUUACAAGGACAUGAGACUGAGAGGUUCCUUUCUUACUUUAAGCCAUGUAUCAUACCUCGAGAAGGUGAACCUGAAGAGCACAAAACUCGUAUGUUUGUAUGCAAAGGAAAGCAUGUGGUUCAUGUACAAGAGGUUCCUUGUGCUCGAUCCUCGCUCAAUCAUGAUGAUGUCUGUAUCUUGGACAGUAAAAAUAAGAUUUUCCAGUUUAAUGGAUCCAAUACUUCCAUACAAGAAAGGGCUAGAGCACUAGAAGUUGUGCAGUAUAUCAAAAAUAAUUACCAUCUUGGGAAGUGCGAUAUAGCUACCAUCGAGGAUGGGAUGCUAAUGGCUGAUGCUGAAGCUGGAGAAUUUUGGGGUUUCUUUGGUGGCUUUGCUCCGCUUCCAAGGAAAACAAAUGUGAAAGCCGCACAGAGUACCAAUGCUGUUCCUACUCAGCUAUUUUGUGUCAAGAAGGGGCAGGCAGAACGUGUUGCUGCUAAGUCAUUGACAAAAAAGUUACUAGACUCACACAACUGUUAUCUUCUGGAUUGUGGAGAAGUAAUUUAUGUGUGGAUGGGACGAAACACUUCUCUAGCAGAAAGAAAAGCUGCAAGUGAAGCUGCAGAAGAACAUCUACGAGCCCAAGAUAGACCAACAUCUAAUAUAAUCUGCAUGAUUGACAAUUUUGAGACGGUAUCUUUUCGAUCAAAGUUUAAUUCCUGGCCCCAAUCGGACGCAGACGCAUCUGAGGAUGGUAGAGGCAAGGUGGCUGCACUUCUAAAACGCCGAGGGCUCGAUGUUAAGGGUCUACUUAAAUCUGCUCCCACACAGGAGGAGGAAGAACCUCAACCAUAUAUUGAUUGUAGUGGAAAUUUGCAGGUCUGGCGUGUGAAUGGCCAAGAAAAGAAUCUUCUAGGAGACGAUGACCAGUCAAAGUUUUACACUGGAGAUUGCUAUAUCUUUCAAUAUACAUAUACUGGAACAGAUCAAGAGGAAUGCCUUAUAGGGUCAUGGUUUGGAAAGCGAAGUGUUGAGGAAGAAAGAGAUUCAGCUAUCUCACAGGCAAACAAGAUGGUUGAGUCUUUCAAGUUUUUGGCUACUCAGGCAUUCAUUUACGAAGGAAGGGAACCUUUCCUUUUCUGUGCAAUAUUUCAGAGCUUUAUGGUCCUCAAGGGUGGUCUCAGUAGUGGAUACAAGAAAUACAUAUCAGAGAACGGACUACCCGAUGAUACCUAUAGAGAGGAUGGAAUUGCACUAUUUCGCGUUCAAGGCACUGGACCAGAUAACAUGCAAGCAAUCCAAGUUGAACCUGUUGCUAAAUCCUUGAACUCCUCCUACUGUUACAUACUACACCAUGAUUCACUCAUCUUUACCUGGAAUGGAAGCCGUACGACUACCGAGGACCAUGAACUUGCCGAGAGGCAACUGGAUCUGAUAAAGCCUAAUAUGCAGACCAGAGUACAUAAGGAAAACACAGAAUCUGAACAGUUUUGGGAAAUUUUAGGCGGAAAAACUGAACAUGCCACUGAAAAGAUUGCAAGCGUUGCUGAAAGUGAUCCUCAUUUGUUCUCAUGCACAUUAUCCAAAGAGAAUGAUUGGGGUUUGCUGAUGCAGGUGUCUGAGAUAUACAACUUCAAUCAAAAUGAUCUGUUGGCUGAAGAUAUAUAUAUCAUUGAUUGUAACUCAAGCAUCUUUCUUUGGGUAGGGCAGCAGGUUGAUUCAAAAACCAAAACACAAGCAUUAGCUAUUGGCAAGAAAUUUCUGGAAUGCGAUGUUCUACUUGAGAAGUUAUCUCUUCAAACUCCUCUAUUUAUCAUAAUGGAAGGAAGUGAGCCACCAUUCUUCACACGUUUCUUCACAUGGGAUUCAACCAAAACUGCAAUGCAUGGCAAUUCAUUCCAAAGGAGGCUCUCUCUUAUAAAAGAUGGGGGCCGUUCAACGAUGAAUCUUAAACCCAAAAAGAGAGCACCAGUGUCAUUUGGAGGAAGGUCUAGCUCUGAAAAACCACAGCGUUCAAGGAGUGUGUCUUUCAGCUCUGACCGACCUCGUGCAAGGGGCAGAUCUCCAGCCUUCAAUGCUCUGGCUUCUAAGUUUGAUAAUCCAGGUGGAAGGAAUCUGUCAACGCCUCCUCCACUUGUCAAAAAGCUUUAUCCAAAAGUCGGUGAAGGUGAAGGUGGUGGCGGUGGCAGUGGAGGUAGUGGUGGGGGUCGCAGUGGUGGCAAUCUUGAUCUCUCUAAAAUUGUUUCCAAGUCUAAGGCUAUAGCAUCACUAACUGCCAAUUUUGAUAAACCAACACGAGAAAAACUUAUGCCUCGUUCUCUGAAAGGUAAUAUUUUGAAAUCCGAGUCAACAGCAAAACCUGAGUUGAACUCCAAGGCUAAUCCCAUGAGCAGUAGAAUAGGGGCCCAAACAAUGAAGGAAGAUGCCAAAGAGAAUGAGGCCGAAGAAGAGGAAGGGCUCACGAUAUACCCAUAUGAACGCCUUACAACAUCAUCGACUGAUCCUGCUCCAGAUAUUGAUGUAACCAAGCGAGAGAUAUAUCUGUCGUCGUCUGAGUUCAAGAAGAAAUUUGGAAUGACCAAAGACGCUUUCCGCAAGAUGCCAAAAUGGAAACAAAAUAAGAUGAAAGUGGCACUUAAGCUCUUCUGAAUCAUCUCCGAUCGAAGGAAACACAUGCUUAUGAAAUUUUUACGCUUUUUCUCCUCUCACCUGCCUUUGUUUAACUGUUUUCAAACCCAUAAAUUACCUCUCUAACUGCAGUUAUUUCUAUAUUUUGCAGCAGGUCCAAUUUUUUGUUGUUUUAGUCUGAUAUAGGGAGAGCCUUUUAGCUGCUUCUGCUCCCAAGAAGCUUCUUUUACAACUGAUACUGAGAGUUGGAGAGCAAAUUUCAAGCAACUCUACCUUCUGCAGGUCAUAUAUAUAUAUAUAGAUUUCAUUCUUCUAGAAUUUAAUUACUUCCAUUCUGUAUACCAGACCUGCUUUGCCAUUCUAUAUGAUCACAGGUUAUUUUUGCUC